AUGGCCACCAGUUUGGACGAUUCGGUGAUCGAUCAUGAUGAGAUCGAGGAUUAUUGGAAGGAAGAGAUCGAAGAUAACAAUUGCCUUCUAUGCGGACCUAGUAGUACCAAGUACUUCCUGACCGGUAUCACUACGAUUGAAUACGCGAAAGUUUUUCAUCCUUACGUGAUUCCAAAAGACCCCAACGUGGCCCGAAUCGGCGGGAAAGCAGGCAAUCUCCAGUAUGAUGAUACCUUCGUUCAAUUCCAUGCAGCAAACAUCGAAACACAAGCGAGUGAAUUUCAAGACGAAAAUAUCGGAUUCAUUGUCCACGCCCACUGCUGGGCUCUUUUCAACCACAUCAUGCCCACGGCAUUGGUUGAAAAGAAGCUGGAGAAAUUUAUUCGUGCCGGCCGAAAAUACUGGCGGAACAAUAGGUUAUGGGGAAUUCAGGAUUGGGAGCAAAAACAAUGGAAGUCCGGGCAUGGCCGUACUUAUAAGGGGUUCGAGUUCGGCUGUGAUAUCUACAAGAAUCCUCUCAUAGUACCCGAGGUUCAAAAAGUAGUUGACAACGCAAGGAAGACCAAGAAGGAAUACAUUGCCCCUCGUUGCAGUCACGUACCAUUGGAAGUUGCGACUAUGAUCGCCGAGUGGACUUGCCCUAUUGACUACACACCGGCUGAUGUGAAGAAUACACGAAAUAUGCUUUCGGCAUGGCAGUGGACAUUACCGGAUUGCUUUUGGAAGGUGCGACUGAAAGAGGAGUUAUUCGUUGAACUGACCUCACUGAGGGAGUCGAAUUAUUCAAUCGAUUGGCAGGCCUUACGGCUUGAUUUGAUGGCUCUUGUUUCUGAUCGGGAAUGGUACGUCUCUAGCGGCUUGCCGAAUCGUGAGCGAGUGAUUGGAUUUAUGACUGCUAUCAAGUCUAAUUUCCUGAAAAUAGCCUGA